AUGUGCCACCAGGUGGAGGAGGCUCCUCAGCAGGACGAUGGGCCCCAGCAGGACCCCGGGGCGGCAGCAGGAGGUGAGAAGGAAGAGGAGGAGGCCUUCCUCAUCAGCCUCUACCAGUUCAUGAAGGACCGGCACACGCCCAUCGAGAGGAUCCCCCACCUGGGCUUCAAGCAGAUUAACCUCUGGAAGAUCUACAAAGCUGUGGAGAAGUUGGGAGCCUACGAGCUGGUGAGCGAUGGGUGCUGGGAUGUCCCCUGGGGACAGGAUGUCCCCUGGGUGCUGAGUUGAUGUCCCUUGGGUGCUGAGAUGAUGUCCCCUGGGUCCCCGCCCGCCCCCCUCUGCCGCCACUACGAGAGGCUGGUCCUCCCAUACGUGCGGCACCUGAAAGGGGAGGAUGACAAGCCCCUGCCCCCCAGCAAGCCCCGCAAGCAGUACAAGGUCUCCAAGGGUGCCCAGAUGGGUGAGAAGACCAAGAGGGCCAAGAAGGAGAAGGGUGGGGAGCAGAUGCCUCAGGACAAGGUGAAGGUGGCCACCAGCGUGGAGGACACCAGGAACACAGAGGACACCAGGGACACAGCCAAGCAGGGCCAGGUGGCCAAGGGAGGCUCCAACCUGGUGGUCCCAAGGCCAAGCUCCUCAGGGGGGUGUCCUGGUCCCUGCCACCCCCAGCCCUCCAAGCGCCUUUUCUCCAGCUUCUACUCCAAAGGCAACCACCCCAUCACCUCCCCCCUGGCCAAGAAGAAGCUGCUGGCCCAGGUGACCAAGGCUGAGUCCCUGCACUGCCACAAACACCCCAGCCCAGAGCCCCCCAGGCUGCCCACCAGCCCCCACCUCCAUGACCAAAGGAGCCUGGAGCCACCAGGAGCUCAGGAUACAGCUCCCAACGUUGGGGGUGAGGUGGGACCCAUUCCCAGUGUAUUUCCUGGUGGGAAAGAAGAGGAGGGGGCUCCAGCACCCACCAUCUUCACCGGCUGCUUCCAGACCUACCCCAACGAGGUGGUGAAACCCACCAGCUCCCACCCCUUCUGGGGGUGCUUCAAGGAUUUUUUGGAGCCCACUUCCACCAUCCCAUCACAAGCAGAGGAGCUGGAACAGCCCCAAGACCUACGGAGAAAAGCGUGGAGCAGGGAGCAGAGAGGAGCAGGGGCCACCCCGGGGGGCUGCUGGGUGCCCCCCAGGACCAGCUUCACCCCCGUGGGCAAGCGUGGCCGGAGGGAGGAGGAAGAGGUGGCUUUUGGCCCCACAUUGGGCACCACCCCCCCCUCUGGCAGGGACAGGGGGUUGGCCAAACCCAAGGCUGUGGUGGCCAAUCCUGGCUACUCAGCACCAGCACCACCAGGCCCAGACGUUUACACGGGGGCCAUGCUCUAUUUCCCAGCCAGUUUUGGCAACCUACCAGAGCACCUCAAAACCCAAGGGGUUCCAGUGGCACCUUCCCUCUCUGCCAACCCCUUGGUCAUUCCUGUUCCUUUGGUAGCUACUUCCCCACAAAGCUCCGAGCUGUGCCGGCCGCUGGCGACCGGUCCCGGGCGUUACCCGGUGUCCUAUGGGAGCACCAUGAGACACAGGAUCUAUCCGGAGAGGUGGCACCACCAACCCCCCUACACCCCCCCAACCUUCCACCACCACACCAAGCUCUAG